UGUCCUGCGCGUUUGCCACGGUGUGUGAACGUCGUUUGGCCACGAGCGUGCAAAAAGUAAAAGUGAAAUACUAGUGUUUGCAAUUUUCAUUUAUUAUGCAGCAAUAAUAAAGUAUAAGUAUACGUUGAAAACGCGGGAGUCUUGUCAUUUUGUUCGGUCGUAAAGUAGCGCGAAUAUUUGAGGCGCGUGUCGCACAAGCGGGCAGCAAACGAACUCGAGAUUUUUCCUCAAUUUUUUUGCGAGCUAUUUUCGUUGUGUUGUAAUCUAUAAUUGCGAUAUACAACACAGUACACCCCCACAAACCCAAACCCAAACACACACUCACACACAUACAUACAGUGUGUCGGUAUACAUAGACAUACUUAUAUACAUAAAAUAAAACGGGCAAGACGCCCCCUCAUUGCCCUUGAGAGCGCGCGUUGUAAGAAGCAUUCGAUUUUUCACAACAAGACGUGAAAAAAUAAAUGCUGAAAAAGCGACAAAAUAUAACGAAUUUAUAUUUCGUGCAGCGCAGACAAAUAUACGUACAUAUAAUAAAUCAACAGUGAUUGCUUGCACUUAAGACAAUACAUUAAAAUGGAUGUGUUUAACCAAAUACUCAACAUUAAUGCUGGUGGCGCCUAUGGUGGUGGCAAGGCUGGUGGCGCCUUCGAUCCGCUCACGUUUGUGAUGAAGCCGCAAGUUGUCAUACGCGGUCUUUGUUGGCUCUUCUCCAUUGUCGUUUUUGGCUGCAUAUCUUCCGAGGGAUGGAUCGAGCAGGAGGGCAAAGAAGUUUGUCUAUAUAGUGGUGAUGCCAUGGCCUGUAAAUAUGGCAACAUGGUUGGCGUCUUUGGUUUCUUGGCUUCGAUGGGUUUCAUUGGGGGCGAGUUUCUGUUUGAGCGCAUGUCCUCGGUGAAGAGCAGAAAGCGUUACGUCAUGGCGGACAUGGGAUUUUCAGCUUUCUGGGCCUUCAUGUACUUCAUUGCCUUCUUCUACUUGUGGUCGCAGUGGAGCUCAGCGCCAAUGCCACCAGGCGGCAUUGGUGCCGGCAGUAUGAAAACGGCCAUUGUGUUCUGUUUUUUCUCAAUUUUCACUUGGGCUCUGUGUGCUUUCAUGGCAUACAAACGUUUUCUGAUUGGGGCCGGCGAUGAGUUCACCUCGGCCUUCGAAACGGACCCCGCCAAUGUGGUACACCAACAGGCCUACAGCUACUCGAUGGACAACGACAAUGAACAGUACAGUGCUUCACCCUUUGGACAACAGCACCAGGGCAUGGAUCAGCAGGCUGGCAUGGAAUAUCAACAACCCACCUACUAAACACAAAUCUCUGUUGGGCAAUCUUCAUUGUCUCCUCACUCUUUUGUAGAGCAACUGGCAGCGUACACACACACACACACACAUACACCUACACAAAGAACAAAAUACACCGAUGACAAACAUAUAGUAGCAACAACAACAAUAACAACAAUGCCAUGUAUUUGCUUCAGCUUUUAUAGCAACAAGAACAACAAGGACAAGAACAAUUCAAUGUUCAUUAGUCAUUUAACUGAAUUGACAGAAAAGUUGCUUAGUUAAAACCUAUACAGUUGAAUAAAUUAAAUUAAAUUAAAUUAAAUAAUACUAUACAAUAAUUUAUAAGCUAGCCCCCUAAGUUAUGUGUGCAGUUUUUGUAGGAAAAAUUUGUUGCAAUAUAUAUUAUAUACACGUACACAUUAUAUGUAUACCCAUAUACUACCUAUAUUUAAAUGAAGCAUCAUCUUGUGUAUUGUACUCGAAAUGCUUUAAACGUUGUUAGAUAUUUAAAAUGUAUUUAUUAUAAUAUAUGUAAUUACAAUAGUUUUUGUGUUGGACCCUGGCCGGCUUUAUCAGCUGCGGGCGCGCUUCUUUACAAUGACAAUAGCUUGACAAAUGAUACCAGGAACAGCAACAACAAAAAGAGUGUUUUUUUUAGAAAACUUUACACAUAAUAAAACGAAAAAAGGCGGAACACUAAAUAUUCAGCACUCUCACACUGUUAGCGAUUUAGUAAAAAAAAGAAGAAAACUGCUCUGAACAUAUCCCAUAUACAUACCUACCUACAAGUACAUGCAAUAUGCAAUAUACACAAUCGCAUUUUGAAUUCUCGAUUGCCAGUAAGAAACCAAAAGUUUUCUUUUUAGGUCCCCAGCUGCCGCCAAGGCCAGAGUCACAUGUAUUGUAUGUUUAAAGGUGCAUGGAAACAAUAAUAGAAAUCAACGCCAAAUAUGUAAAUUCUCAAAUGAGACAGCUAAUAAAUGGUUCAGAACAAAUUUUAUUUAAAUAAUAAGCAGAGGCCGAGUAUGCAAAUAGUUUAAAAAAGCAAAAGGAGGUUGUAGUUCCCUACACAUAAACACAAAUUUUCUCCUCAGACUAGACUUGCUUAAACAAAUUUCACAUCGCAAUCACUUUCAGAAAAAUGUAAAGUCCUUCGCUAGAACUCACAAUUAAAACGGCCCAUCAAAACUGUUAACUUGAUUUCCAGGUUAUGGUCUAAAAGAAAAUGUUGUCUUUAGGGCUAUACAAAAUAUUUCUUAUUCCUCCUGUUCGGCUAGGCCUAUAUUCCUACAGCUUAGGAAAUACAAGUAUUGAGAACACUUGAUUCAGAUCCAGAUUAUUCAAAUUGCGAUUUAAAACAAUUUUAAUGUACAAUUCACUGCGGUCAGAAUUAAUGUUUAUGACUCAACCACAGGAAACCCAUCUGUGAGUUAAAGCCCAAUUUAUUUAAAGACAGCACAAGUACCUAUUUACACUUUGUAUGUGUUGUCUUGUUUCGGAUAGCAUGAGCGAGAUAGGGGCCAAAACAAAUUCUUUGCUUACAGAUCAUACUAAAUUCGAAAUCAUGUGGAACCCCAUGUUAUCUAAAUUGAUUGUUGAACUUCAAGAGCUGCGGUAACCAACAAUAUUGUAAAGUACAGUCGACACAAUUGGCAUCAGAACCCCUGACGUGCUCAAUUUUCUGAGACACACAGUUACAUUUCUUUGGAAAAUCGAGCGGUGUUUUCAGUUCUGAAUAAACGGAAGAGAGGUCAAUAAAAUAUUUGAAAUACAUUUCACCGAACAUUAAUUACGAGUAUUAUGCUAUGCCACAUAAUUGAAACCAAACUAAAAAAUAUCAAUGAAUGUAAACAUAUUAAAUUUAUAAACAUAAAGAUUUGCUUAGUGCAGCAGCGAUAGUAUUUGUUAAAUGAAAAAUAUACAUAUAUUUAUGUACUGUACAUUUAUACCUAAAUGAUAUUAGUCGGCUGUACAUUAACGUCUUUGCUGAUGAAUAGUAGGGCAACAAUUGCAUGACUAACAAAAUGAAGGAUAAAGAUAUAAUUAUACAUAUGUACUCGUACGUUCACAAGAAAACAAAUCAAUAUACUCGUUUAAGCUAAACAUGUAGUAUUUGUGCGCGUUAAAUUACAAAUUAUACAUUACCCCACAAAUUUAUACAAGAAGCAUAAAGCCCAGUACAAUACAAAGCAUAGUAUACAAAUAAAAAAUAAAUGUAAAAAUAAAAUUACAAGCAAAACAAAAAGGAAAUGCAAAACCUAAAAUACUUAUCUACAAAAUUAUAGCGGUUGAAUUUCCAGGAAUUGUUCAUGAAGAACAAAGCAAAACAAUGCCGAACCCACAUCUUAAACUAAAACAGUGAA